AUGAAAGCUAUCAUAACGACUUUUGCACUCUUAUACUACGUCACAGUUGUGACACCAAGAGCAACAAUUCGAGAUGACAUAACUCAAGCAUGUAAAGAUCAAGAUCCCAGUCAAAUCACCUUUAUUCCCGUACCGGGUGAUUGCAAUAAAUAUAUAGAGUGUUACAACGAAGUUGGUAUGCUGCUUCAUUGCCCGGAGGGGCUUUGGUGGCACCCAGCCAUAAACGAUUGCGAUUAUCCAGGGAGUUACUGCCAGGAAAAUACAACAACACCAACAACGACAACACCAACAACGACAACACCAACAACACCAACACCAACACCAACACCAACGACAACGACAACAACAACAACGACAACACCAACAUCAACACCAACACCAACACCAACACCAACACCAACAACAACAAUAACGACUCCGACUCCGGAACCGACUCCUUCACCGAAUCCUGACCCCAACCCCGACCCCCGUUGCAUCGACGACAGCACCCAGUUGUGGCCCCAUCCCGCCACUUGUGCCAAAUACGUCGAAUGCUUCCAUGGCAAUUCAUACGAAAUGACCUGCCCUCCAGGUCUCUACUUUUCAUCCAGUCACAAGAAAUGUGUCAACGCCGAAGAAUCCGACUGUUGCAAAACCAGUUCUCAAUGUUAGCGAAUUUAAUAAAAUCAACUUGAUAGCAA